AAGGUUCAAUAAUCGUAACAUAAUUUCGCGCGCAGCAUAAUUCACAUUGCACCAAACUACCAGUAUAUCCCAAAAAUAUUAAACAAGUAGUACUCAAAAUAAAAAAAGGACAUUGAAUUAUUUAUCAUUUAAUAAUUGUACAUUAAAAUAUAAUUGAAUGAUAAAUAAAAAUGAUACCUACAAGUGGAAAAAUUCAUAAAUUAAAUACUGGACUUGUAACAGCUUGUGUUGUUGGAUUAGCAUUAUCAUAUUAUGCAUACUACGUUGAAACUUCUAAAGAAAAAGAUUCUAAUUAUGAACCAUUGUGUGACAUUAGUGAGCAUGUUAGUUGUACCAAAGCUUUCAUGUCAAAAUAUGGAAAAGGCUAUGGAUUAAUUUCUGAAGAUUCAAUUUUUUAUCUUCCAAAUAGUUUGUAUGGAUUAGGAUUUUAUGGACUCGUUGCAAUAAUCAGUGUUUGUAAUAAAUAUUCUCAUGCGGUUUUUUUACUUAUACUCGCUGUACUUUCAAACAUUGGUACUGUAUACUUGACCUGGAUAUUACACCUACUCAAUGACAUAUGCAUAGUUUGUGUUGGUACCUACACUGUUAAUGCAAUUAUUCUCAUUUUGAGUUAUUCAAAAUAUCGUAUUAUAUCAAAACCAAUUAUUCAAAGAUCAGCCAAAAGAAAAAGACAUUAAUUUUUUUUUUUUCAAUUAUUUAUUUAUUUCAUUUAACAAACAUUUUUAAUAUAUCAUCAACGAACCACUGUAUACGGCUGUGUUAUACAUAAAAAUAAAUAAUAAUAUUCCUUCAAACUUGUAUUUAAUUAAUUUAUUUCUUUUGUUAAAAUAAAAUGUCAUUUUAAAAACAAAAA